AUGGGAGCACUGAACUCUAUAUUUAAGAGUAAGAGAUUGUUAAUCAUACAGACAAUCUCGAUGCUUACCUUUUUCGCCUCUGCGCUUGCAGCAUGGAAGCUGCUCAGUUAUACACUGAAUACUACAACUCCGGUUGUCGUUAUCCUUACAGGCUCCAUGUUACCUGAGUAUAGACGUGGAGAUGUCCUUGUCGUCGAUAACCGCUUCCAUUCCUUGAAGAUUGCUGACAUUGUUGUUUACAGUAUUCCUGGGCGUGAUAUUCCGAUUGUUCACCGAAUUCACGUGAUUCACAAUCCUGGAACUGAGGACGAGUCCCGUUUCUUGACAAAGGGAGAUAAUAAUCAGGUAUACGACCAGCAGCUUUACGCUCGAGGCCAGUCAUUCCUUUCUCGCACCAACAUUUAUGGUGCAAGUGUGGCGUAUGCUCCCUAUUUCGGAAUGUUUACGAUUUGGACAACCGAUUACCCGUGGCUGAGAUACGCAAUUCUUGGCAUUAUGGGUUUGUUCAUUAUGUUGGGUAAGGAGUAAAUUGUUCUAUUUUUA